UCGGUUUGGUGACAUCUCUAGUAUCUUCACAGCUACGUACAGCCUAGAUUUCUUCUACAUUUUAUAUACGAAUUUAUUGUUUUCUUGCGCUGUUAAUUGCAAUUACCGCACGCAAUUAAAAGUCGCGCAAUCGAGGACUACCGCCCGUCGUACCGUUAAUCGCGAACGUAAAACGUGCCCAACAACAACUGCGCGGAAGAGCGAGAGAGAAAGAGAGGAGCGGAAAACAAGGAGGAGCUAGCUGAAAAGGCAGCAACAAAGAAGCCCAUACACACACUCACCCACACAAACACACGCGCGCGGAGAGAGAGACUGCAGUAUAAGAGAGAAAUCAUCGAUCGCGAGAGAGAGUCUGCGACUGUGACUGCGCCUGCAACUGUGACUGCGACUGUGACUCCGACUACGGCCAAUCGAAAACGGACUCCAAAUGACGGAAUACAAACUGGUCGUGGUUGGUGCCGGCGGCGUGGGCAAAUCCGCGCUUACCAUCCAGCUUAUCCAGAACCAUUUCGUAGAUGAAUACGACCCCACAAUCGAGGACUCUUACCGAAAGCAAGUGGUUAUUGAUGGAGAGACCUGCCUGCUGGACAUCCUGGACACCGCAGGCCAAGAGGAGUACUCAGCCAUGCGGGAUCAGUAUAUGCGCACAGGCGAAGGUUUCCUUUUGGUCUUUGCCGUCAACAGUGCGAAGUCCUUCGAGGACAUCGGCACCUACCGUGAGCAGAUCAAGCGCGUGAAGGAUGCCGAGGAGGUCCCCAUGGUGCUGGUGGGCAACAAAUGUGAUCUGGCCUCGUGGAACGUAAACAACGAGCAGGCAAGAGAGGUAGCCAAACAGUACGGCAUUCCAUACAUUGAGACAUCCGCCAAGACGCGCAUGGGCGUGGACGAUGCAUUUUACACACUGGUGCGCGAGAUCCGCAAGGACAAAGACAACAAGGGACGAAGGGGCCGCAAAAUGAACAAGCCGAAUCGUAGAUUUAAAUGUAAAAUGCUCUAAACGGCCACGUAUUGGUUAUUAUUCACUUUUUAUUUCUUCAAAUGUCGCCUGUUUGUCUGUCUGUGCGUCGGCGGAUCGCCGAUCGUCUCGGGAUUGAAGGUUUGUCCAUUCUGGACACAAUGCAAAAAACACACACAUGUGGGAGCGUGUUGGUCGGUGCAAUUGUCAGAUAACAAGAGAGAAAUUGUAAUUAAUUUAAGUAACUAGAGUUUUAUGUACGUCGAAAUGAUUUUGUGAAUGUGUGUGUUUUGUGUCGUUUGAAAGGCUGCGAGGCGCCCUUUUAAGAGUAUUAACAAUAACAAGCAAACAAAAACGAACGAAGCAAAUCGAAAAUGAAAAUGAAUAUGUACCUCUACAUAAAACUAUGAAUACUGUUGUAACUGCCUUGGUUCAGCUGCUAUAACCGUUUGUUUUCAACCAGCACUAAACUCGAUUCUAUGUUGUUUGUACUUUACCAGAUAAUCCGUGCUUAAACCCGAUACGCGAUGUAAACAGAUAUUGUGAAUUUUUAGAACUCCGUUAUCAAUUGAUUUUAGACCCUCGUCAUGUUUAAUCUGUUCCAGCACACUCGUACGAACAGAAUUCCAUUAGUAAUCAUCAUUAAAAAAAAAAAACCAUAUACAGAUAAGCUCACAGCACUUUUCGCACAAACGAGCCAAUUUUCUAGCCCCAAACUAGAUUUCUGUUCGGUCAAACACAUUUUUGUGGUGCUAUGAUGAUAAAAUUAUAAUCCGCAUGAGUUCUUGAAAUUUGCCUUUCUUUCUACUUACAAUACCCAUACUGACAGAUCAAUCGGAGAGAAAACAAGCAGCCAAUUAAAUUUACAUUAUAUAGUUUGCUUUAAGCUUUUUAUACAUACAUACAUACAUUUAAUAUUUAAUUUUUUGUAUUCAUUUUUGCCAUACAAAAAGGAAAGAAAUAAAUCGAUUGUGUGUACUAUUUA